GGGAACUUUCCCCCUUACGUACGUCCUCAGUUAGCCUUUCUUUAAAGUCCGUAAGAAUUUGCAUACCAUCUCACUCGUGUAGCUAGCUGUUCGCGCCAGACGAAUUACUACCACAUUUUUCUCAAUCCACAGGCGGAAUUAUCGCUUACCAGCCUCGACUGUCCCGUUGAAGCGCUGCCCCUCCAUCCCAACCCCUCGCCAACUGCUUAUCACCUGGGCGAGAGCACUGCCAGUGCAGUGUAGGCCGCGCUGUACCUCUUCUGCCUACACAAAACUCGACAAGCGUCGCAACCUUCAUCCAACCAUCGAGCUCCCAAUUUACAAUUAGUCGUGCAAUCGCAACAUUCAUUGCAAACAUUCUAGCCAUGGCGUCCAAGAUCACGGCUGACCAGCUCCCGGAGCUACUUCGCGAUGACACCUCGGUCAAGCUCGCCGGCAUCGACGUCGACGGCAUGCUCCGCGGCAAGCUCGUCUCCAAGAAAAAGUUCCUCUCGAUAGCCGAGAGUGGCUUUGGUUUCUGCUCUGUCAUCUUCGGCUGGGACAUGCACGACCUGACGUACUUCCGGGAGCUCAAGAUCAGCAACAAGGAAAACGGCUACCGUGACAUCAUUGCCUACCCAGACCUCGACACCUUCCGGCGCAUUCCUUGGGAGAACAACAUCCCCUUCUUCUUGGUUAGCUUCCAUGACCCAGACACGAACGAGCCCUUGUCCGCCUGCCCGAGGGGCCUUCUCAAGACGCAGCUCGAGAAGCUGGCGACUAAGCAGUACGGUGCUAUGGCCGGGGCUGAAUACGAGUUCUUCCAAUUCCGAGCACCUGUCCUACCGGCUUCCGAGGGCUCUAGCACUUCGUCCGCCGCUGCCUUCCUCAGAGACAAUGUCCCCCACACCCUCCCAUCGUUGACCGAAGGCAUGUUCGGAUAUAGCCUGACUCGUCCCGUCCACAACCAAGACUAUUACUACGACAUCUUCAACACUUGCGACGCAUUCAGAUGCAACAUAGAAGGAUGGCACACAGAAAGCGGGCCAGGCGUCUUUGAGGCUGCCUUGGAGUUCGGCGAGGUCAGGCAGAUGGCGGACCGAGCAAGCUUGUUCAAGUACGUCGUCAAGUCAGUUGCGACCAAAUAUGGCAUCACGCCGUGCUUCAUGGCCAAGCCCCGGCAAGGCCUCCCGGGCAACAGCGGUCACAUGCAUCUCUCCAUUGUUGACAAGGACGGCAAGAACCUCUUCUUCCGUGAUACUCCCGACCCGCAUGCGCGAUACUCGGACAUCGAAAACCUUUCCGAUCUGGGCAGGCACUUCCUAGCUGGCCUCCUAGACGGUCUUCCCGAUAUCAUGCCCAUUGUAGCGCCGACCGUCAACAGCUACAAGCGACUAGUCGAGAACUUCUGGGCACCCGUCACGGUGUCGUGGGGCCUCGAACACCGCGCGGCGUCGAUCCGGCUGAUUGCGCCGCCAACUGCCAAACCCGGCGCCACGCGCUUCGAAGUCCGCGUCCCUGGCGCAGACGCGAACCCGUACUACGUUCUCUCGGCGAUUUUGGCGCUUGGCUGGCGCGGCGUGGAGCGCAAGCUAGAGAUCCCCUGCCCGCCCCUGGGCAAGGGCGAGGAGGUUGGCGGCAAGACGGACAUGGGCAUUCCCCUCUCCAAGACGCUCCGCGAAGCCACGGACCGGUUCAUGCGCCUGGGCAGCAUUGCCAGGGAGGUGUUUGGUGACGAGUUUGUCGACCACUACGGCGGCACCCGCGAACACGAAGUGCGCCAGUGGGAUGAAGCCGUGACGGAUUGGGAGGUGAGGAGGUAUAUCGAGACGGUGUGAUCUCCACUCAUUGACGUCAGGGCUACCAAAAACGCCUCUGACCCAGUCGCAAUCUCCUAGUGUCCCCUUGGUCCCAUGACGUUUUUGGAACCUUGACGAGUAUUUCUGGGCUGCGGGGGUGGUUUUCUAUAUUUGCGUUUUGCAGUGGCGUUUCCGGCAACAUAGACAGUUUGCUAUUUUAGACUUGCUCUUCGCGGGCUUGUUGAGCUACCGCCGUUUCUGCGUCAUCUUCUGGCAAUACCCAUCCUGCGACUUCCCAUCAGUGUAAUUCCCCCACCGGACUUGUAAUUACCAUGUGUGUCAUGUUGUUAGAUGACGGAGAUUCUGUGUUUUUUAUCUAAAUAAUAUAUUUCCUCCUACAAG